AUGUCAGUAGUGCAGAAGAAUCAUUUGAAACGCCUUCAGGAAAGCAACAAGAAAAACGACGUACUUCUGGACAAUCCGUUUCCUCGUUAUCCAGUUAAAAGAACCAAGGUCCUAGCAGAGAGGUUUUCUCAAAUCCAGCAGCAGCUCUUCAGUACUUCCGAAGAACUCUCUGAUAAGUACAUGCGAGGCCCACAGGCGAAGAAUCCUGAGAUACCGAGAAUACACAUAAUAACCCUCCAUCGUCGAUUCGUUGAAGUCCAGCUACUAAACAACUUCGAAAGCCACUGCAUUCCACGGACGACUUUUACAUUCAAUCCCUAUCGCUCAGGCUGCACGGUGAAUCACAAGCAAUUUUCCUUAAGACUUGCUUAUGCAACUACGUUCAAUGGAUGCCAAGAACUGAUCCUUUUGCGUUUGGUCGACUGUAUACUGCGCUGUCACGCGUGAAGAAUCGACGAGAUACAGUCUGUUUAUUUGUGUCAACGAACGGGGAAAAAGAUUGUGCCAAUAUCGUGUACAAGCCCUUGCUUUUGUAAUGAAUGGAUCCAGAAUCACAAGCAACGACCGGAGGUGACGGCUUGUAUGUAUAUAUGAGAGAGAAUUAUUCGUUUAGCGGGCGUAAUGAAAAUAUUGGUCCUGCCAUGCAGUGUGCUGUAUUCAAUUCGAACAGUUAUGGAACGUCACCCAAUAUGAACAUCAUGCUGUGUAAUCACGUGAGAUAAAGAACUUGCGCCAGAUAUCGCAAUUCAUACGCCGUCCCGUGAUGUAUGAUGUCUGGCUUCCAUAAAGUUGUUUUUC